AUGUCUCAAGACGUAGCGAGCAGCAGCGUCUCCCAGGCCGUUGCGACUGGAGAUCAAUCAAACCCAACAACGACCUCUACGGCGACACCAGAGUCAGCCUCGGCGGCAAGUCCGUCUGGAUCUAACAUUUCUCCAGGCGCGAUAGCUGGAGCGUCAGUGGGAGCCUUGAUCGCAGGCCUCAUCGUCGGAUUCCUCGUCGCCUUCGUCUUCCUCCGGCGUCGCAACAAGCAGUCUCUCCCAGAGCCACAGGCCCGAAGCAUCUCGGCAGCUCGUGCAUCAGAUCGCAAGUCAUACUCUCCCGUGCCCGAGACGAACGGGGCCGCCAGUACCGAUGUUCAGCUCGAUCAAUUCCUCCUCGACGGUGCACCAGACGACGAGAUCGUGAACGAACUCCGGGCCUUGUCUGAUCUCAUUUACCAGCACGUGGAAAACAACUACGACCCCCGACCUAUCCAGGCCAAUGUGAACGACCUCUCACGGCAGCUCCAGGCCCUGGGGUUUGUGAAGAGUGCACACCACGAUCCUGAUGCCAUCGCCGCACUGGCCCUCGACCCCAAGACGCGCCAAACCGCCCUACGACAUGUCAUCUCAACUGUGGUGUUCAAGAGCAUCGACGUCCACUCCCGGAGCCCUCUUUCUAUGCUCCCUGUUCCCGUCGCAGCUCUGCUCCAGACCAUGCCUGCCCCAGACCGCCAGAGCGAGCACGCAAAACGAGCCACCACACAUGCGCUCUCAAAUUGGCGCAGGCUCUCCGCAUUUCUCCUGCACCCGGACCCCAGCCAGCGGACCUCGCUGCCCGUGCCUGAGACAGUCGUGUCCAGCCAGGCCCAGGCCCUGACCGGCGCCCUCAACACCUUCCUCGACAGCUUCGUCUCGCCCUCGGACGCCAGCGGCCAGCGGGAGCACCUGCAGCUCGUCAUCGUCGAGUGCACCAAGCUGGGCUACGUGCUCUUCUCGCACCCCAGCGAUUGGCAGUUCGUGCACGAGGCCGGCAGGGGCAGCGUCGUGGUCUGCGCCGGGCUGGAGAAGCUGGGCCAGCGCGGCGGCGUGGCCUACAAGACGCCCAAGGUCAUUGUGCCACCGACUGCUGUUCAGCUGUGA